UGGAGGAGAGAGGGGAGGAGGAGGAUUGAAGCUUAACAAUGAGCAGUGAUUUCCGAGUUGAAGGUCUUUAAAUAUAAUGUCUUGGGAGUUGAUUCGACGAGAAGAGCAGACCCGUCUCUGAUUGGAGCGCUAUGGCAGAGUCAUCAGGUGGAGCGGAGGCGAUGAAGACUGAAUCACUUGGGAACGUGUCUGCAAGAGAGACAGAGAGGAACAAUGAUCUCUUCUAGAAAGAUACAAACGUCUUUAAUUCUGACACUGAUGCUUUACUUAGCAGCAGCAGCUGGGGAACCUCUAUACUUCACAGUCAGAGAUGGUGAUGAAGUCACUUUGCCUUGUGGAAAUAUGAUAGAUAUUAGGAAUUACUAUAAAAGCAUCACCUGGAUCUUCAGUUAUGAGAAUAGAACAGUAACACUGUUUGAACAUGGACAGAUUCACAGAGAUGCAGCAGUUAAAUCAGACAGACUGCGUGUUGCAGCAGACUGUUCUCUGGUUAUCAAGAAGGUCUCAGUGGAGGAUGCUGGUCUUUACGUCUGCAGACAGUUUAUAAACGGACAACAACAAGGAACAGGCUCUAAUAGUUAUCUGUCUGUUGUUCACACGGUUGAACAAAAACAGAAAGAUAAAAUCAUCUUAAACUGCUCUGUGAUGGAAUAUAACUGGUGUAAACACACAGUGGAGUGGCUGUAUGAGGGAACAGAUAAAACGUUUUCAGACAUGGAGAAAUCUGAACAGUCCUGCUCUGUUACUGUGACGUUUCCAGCAUCGUUUCCUAACUGGAGGCCAAACUUGUCUGAAAACUUAAAGUGUAAAGUAACAAAUAUUUACACUAACAAAGUGCAGCUGAUUGCCUUCAGGCAUCAGUCCUCUGGUGGGAGAACAGAUUCAACAGAUGAAUCAGCCACAAUAAAGACAAUCAACACCUCAAAACCAACUACAGCUAAAACUACAUCAACACCAGAAACAGAACCAUCAAAUAAAUGGACCUCUAGGAGUAUAAAAACAUCAAUAAACAUCAACAAUUCAUCAAAAACUCAAGGCUGGUCUUGGUUGUAUAUCAUCGGUCCAGCAGCGAUCAUAAUCACUGUUCUGGUGAUCAUCGGAUGGAAGAAAACUAAAGGUGAGGACAUCAUUCCUUAAGCAUUAGUUUGUCUUGCUCAUGUCAAUUUUUUUAAUUUAAAAAUUAUAUAAAACAAAAUGAGUGAGCAUGUUAAUAUUGUCAGUUUAUAUAAAUACAUGCGUACAUCGACCCAAUUAAUCGUUUCUAUACAUGGUCUUGUUAUGAUUUGUGGUUGUUUUUGUUAGUCUUAUUUCUAGUUAGGUUUUGAAUCAUGCUUUUGUUUAUUGUUUUCCUGGUUAUGCGUUAGUUUUUGUCUUCUAGUUAAUGUUUUUGCAAAGUUAUGGUUUUGGAUCAUGUUUCUGGUUAUGCUUUAAUUUUAUGGUUUACUAGUUAUGUUUCUAUUAGUUUGUAUCCUGGUAUCUCUGU